UCUCACGUGGCCCGGCCAGCUGGGAGGAAGGAGACCGGCGAGCCAUGGCAGGCUCCGCGCUCUGGUUUUUUCUGCUGCUGGCGACAGCGCUCGCUGGGCGGGCGACAGCCCUAUGGCCUUGGCCCCAGUACAUCCAAACGUCCGACCUGCGCUACCCCAUCUUCCCGCACAACUUCCAAUUCCAGUACCACGUCAGUUCGGCCGCGCAGCCGGGCUGCUCCGUCCUGGAUGAGGCCUUCCAGCGCUACCGUGACCUGCUCUUCGGGUCGGAUUUUUGGCACCGUCCUGACCCCGCAGAAAAACAGCAUACAUUGGAGAUUAAUUCGUUGGUUAUCCAUGUGGCCACUCCUGGGUGUGACCAACUUCCUUCUUUGGAGUCAGCAGAGAAUUACACUCUAACCAUAAACGAUGAGCAGAAUUUCCUCUUCUCUGAGACUGUCUGGGGAGCUCUCCGAGGCCUGGAGACUUUCAGCCAGCUCGUAUGGAGAUCUCCUGAGGGCACGUUCUUUAUCAACAAGACGGAGAUUGAGGACUUUCCCCGCUUCCCUCACCGGGGCUUGUUGUUGGAUACAUCUCGCCACUACCUGCCACUGUCUAGCAUCCUGAACACUCUGGAUGUCAUGGCAUACAGUAAAUUCAACGUUUUCCACUGGCAUAUGGUCGAUGACCCUUCCUUCCCAUAUGAAAGCUUCACUUUUCCAGAGCUCACCAGAAAGGGGUCCUACAACCCUGCCACCCACAUCUACACAGCACAGGAUGUGAAGGAGGUGAUUGAAUAUGCACGGCUUCGGGGUAUCCGUGUGUUGGUAGAGUUUGACACUCCUGGCCACACUCAGUCCUGGGGACCAGGUGCCCCCGGAUUGUUGACUCCUUGCUACUCUGGGUCUCAGCCCUCUGGCACCUUUGGACCAGUGAAUCCCAUUCUCAACAGUACCUAUGAGUUCAUGAGCACGUUCUUCUUGGAGGUCAGCUCUGUCUUCCCAGAUUUUUAUCUUCAUCUUGGAGGAGAUGAGGUUGAUUUCUCCUGCUGGAAGUCGAACCCAGACAUCCAGGACUUUAUGAAGAAGAAGGGCUUUGGUAAUGACUUCAAGAAGCUGGAAUCCUUCUACAUCCAGACGCUGCUGGACAUUGUCUCUGCCUAUGGCAAGGGCUAUGUGGUGUGGCAGGAGGUGUUUGAUAAUAAAGUAAAGGUUCGUCCAGACACAAUCAUCCAGGUAUGGCGAGAAGAGGCACCAGUAAGCUAUAUGAAGGAGCUGGAACUGGUCACCAAUGCCAGCUUCCGGGCCCUGCUCUCUGCCCCCUGGUACCUGAACCACAUCACUUAUGGCCCUAACUGGGAGAAGGUCUACAUGGUGGAGCCUCUGGCAUUUGACGGUACCCCUGAGCAGAAGGCUCUGGUGAUUGGUGGAGAGGCCUGUAUGUGGGGGGAGUAUGUGGACAGCACAAACCUGGUCCCCAGGCUCUGGCCCAGAGCAGGGGCUGUUGCCGAGAGGCUGUGGAGCAGCAAGUUGGUGACAAAUCUGGACUUUGCCUCUAAACGUUUGGCAGACUUCCGCUGUGAGCUGCUGAGGCGAGGCAUCCAGGCCCAGCCCCUCAAUGUAGGCUACUGUGAACAGGAGUUUGAAGAGACCUGAGCAAGCAGCCCCAGGCACCGAGGAGGGUGCUGGCCCUAGGAGAGUGGUAGUGGGGUUCCACUGCAUCCUGGCCGGGGGACGGAGCCCCUUGCCCACAUGCCCCUGUACCUGGAGAGAAGGGGUCUGUUGCUGGUGCUGGUGUCCAAUAAAGAGUGAUGUAGCAUUUUUCUAUAA